UCCCCCCCGUGCGCCCCGGGCCCCCCGGGCCCCUCGUCCCCCCCUGUCACCACGCGGCUCCACGUCGCGUCGGCGUAGAAGCGCGCCGAACUCUCCCCCAGCACGAACAUGGAGGCGCGGACGAAGCGCCACGCGGCCUCCGCCUUCUCCGCCAAGCUUGGUCUGAGAGCCUUUCUCAUCCGGAAGAUGCUGGCAAUGCACACCACGCAGCCCAUGUAUGCCGAGCUGCGGGACGCAUUAGCGUCAAGCUAUGAUGAUGAAGCAUCAUUAGCAUACAGCUCGGAUACGGACAACAGCCUGAAGUACGACGACCCUUUGGACAUCAUUGAUCAGUACAUCAUACACGAGCUGCAGAAGUGCGGGAACCCAGAUAAAAACUUCAUCAGUGGGAGCGACGUGACGCUGUCUGGGUACGAAGGCUCCGAGUCCUCCUACCAGUCCCUGCUCGAUGAGCCCCACACGGCGCCCUCCGUGCCGUCCCCGACGCUGAGCUCGGCGGACGACGCCGACUACGACAGCGACGUCCCGACGCUGCAGAUCUCCGACACGGAGAGCGAGGACGAGGAGGACGAGGAGGAGGAGGACGGGUGCAGGAGGAGGUGCCGACAGAUUGAUCUGCCGCCCUUCGGCAGCGUCGCUGGCGGCAAUGGCCAGCAGCAGCAGCAGCAGCAGGGCCGCCACCGCCACCAGCAGCAGCAGCAGCAGCUACCGCAUGGCGUGACCGUGAAGAGGGAGAAAGGAGUGGGGAAGCGAGGCAAGACGAGGCUGUACCAGUUCCUCAUGGAGAUCCUCCAGGACCAGAGGAUGUGCCACUGCAUCUGGUGGGUGGACGAGCGGCAGGGCAUCUUCCAGUUCUCGUCGCAGCACAAGGAGGAGCUGGCGAAGAAGUGGGGCCAGCGGAAGGGCAACCGCAAGGCGAUGACCUACCAGAAGCUGGCGCGGGCGCUGCGCAACUACGAGGCGACGGGCGAGAUCCGCAAGAUCAAGAAGAAGCUGACGUACCAGUUCGGCGCCAAGAUGAUGGGCGCCUUCAGGCGAUGAUGAGGAGGCCGACUCCUCCGCCAUCGCCACUUGUCCACCGCCGUCGCGCUGGAGGGGAGGGGGAGGAGGAGAGGGCUUGUCUCUCUCGUCCGUUACUCUCUCUCUCUGCGCGUGUGUGCGUGUGGUUUUUUGACGGAAAGCGUCGUGCCGCCGCGCUUCCGGAGGCCGCCUGUGUGGGCCGUGCCCCUCUGAUGAUGAUAAUGAUGAUAACAAUUAUUAUUUAACUUUAAUAAUUUCUUAUAAUUUUUUAUAAUUAUAACAAUUAUCAUUAAUUAAUUUUUGUUCCUCCUCAAGCCCGCUGGCUGCCAGAUUACCGCGCAGCGCGCCCCGAGAGGGGGGGUGGGGGUCCCUCUCGUAACCAAGACGACUAAAAUCUGUCUCGCUUUGCCGAGCAGGGCCACCGUACCCACCCACCCCCCAGGGGUGGUGGUGGGGUGGGAGUGAGUGGGGAAGAGGAGGGGGGUAGUCGGAGCCGCCACGCGAGGACUCUCCCGCAAAGGAGCGAGCAGCUCCCGAGAAGGCGCACGGAGCGGAACGACGGACGUCGCGCCUCGCCCCGACCAUAACACACGCCCCGGGCAAUGCACCGACUCGGCGUAGUUUGGCAAAUGUCACUGUGGUCCAGUUCACGUCGUGGUGACGAUCACGUCGCUGGUCGUGGUGACAGUCGUGGGGUCUGUGCUUGUACGUGGUGGCAUCGUGUAAUCGUCCUCGCGUUUUGUCGUCGCAAUGAAUGUAACGCGACGUCGGCUGGCGCUGCCGACUGCUGCUGCUGCUGCUCAAAUAGUGGCAUCGUUCUGAUUGGUCGAAUCCCCCCGUCGAGACUUACGCCUGUUGGUCAGCGACAAUGUUGCACGCGUAGUUUGAGGCGUCAGGAGUGGGGAUCGAACCCACGACCCCUGCAUACCAGGCGAGGCAGUUAACAUCUCUUAGCCACCGUGAGGAGUAGUAAUGAAUGUAAUUUUACUCUCUUAUAAGAGGCAGAGAGAGGAGAACGUUUGAGGCAGGGGUUGGAUUUUGGGUUUUUCUUUUACUUGCUGCUUCUCCCGCUGCUGCUCGUUGGGAAGAGAUGCGUUGUUGGCGCAGGCUUCACGUCGCCGUGACGUCGCCGUCAUCAUUGUCACAUCGCCAAUGUCGUUAUGACAUUGCCAGUGUCAUUGUGAUAUCGGUAGCGUCCCCCGUAACUUGAACUUUUAAAGAUGUCUUUAAAAAAACGUCGUACAGGCAAUGUCUGUUAACAAAAAAACAA